CCUCCCCCUGCUCCGAUUAGACACGAGCUAAAAAGGCAUCGGGUUCUGCUUGGCGGUGCAGGAACCGCGAUUUCUGGGAGAAAAAAACAACUUUGCACGGCGGCGGCUUAAAAAACUGUGAUUCAUUGAUGGUUGUCCCUGCCGGUGAUGUCAGCGGGGCGUUAUUUCUAUCGAAUAAGUCCGUGCAUUUGAAACUCCCACCACACCCGCCUGCCGGCGUCAUAUCUACUCCUUAAAUACCAAGACCGGUCUUCAGUCGAAGGCUUAAAGCAGCAACUGCAGAACGAUAUACAUCUGCCCGACCUUAAAGGAAUUUACAAUUUGAACCUCUGACUAAAGGAACUUAUUUUUGAAGUGAAGACAUUGCUAAGAAUAAACCCGGUAAGCGAUGUCAUUUAACCCGACGUUCUAUGAGUGUAUUCUCCCGGGGACGCGGCGGCGGCGGAGUCAGAGUUAACCUCGCAGGCAGUCGGCAGGGCUGAGAGAAAGCAGCACGGCGUUUAGACCUCUCCGGACAAACCACUUGUGUGUGUGCUUUUCUUGUUAACCCACCACCAACCCCUCCAUCUUUCGAAGACAAAAGAAAAAACCAUCACCUUCACACGGACAAAUCCAGAUACAUACACCGCACACGAAUCGUCGAUUUAUCUGUUUCAGCAGGAAAACGCCGAGAUUUUUUUUGUUUCCGCAACGCUAAGGGCGCCACAAUAUUGCAUGAUUCCUUUAAGAGUCUAAGGGACUUUCUUUUGUGACUCGAAGAUCGAUCAGAGGUAAUCUAAUGGACCAUACAAGCACCAGGAGCUGUUCCAGAGCCCCGACUUGUGAGGCCCAUCAAAACGAGCCUUCAAUGCGUGUAGUCAUCCAUACUACGACCGGAGCCCAGUAUGAUCUUUCUGUUCCAGUAGACGAAACGGUGGAAGGACUCAAACGGAGGUUGUCACAGCGCUUAAAGGUUGCCAAGGAGCGCCUCGUCCUCUUGCACAAAGAAACGCGGUUAAAUUCUGGAAAACUGCAGGAUCACGGUAUAAUAGAAGGAAGCAAAUUAACUCUUGUCCCCACUGUGGAGGCUGGACUAAUGUCUCAAGCUUCACGGCCGGAACAAUCAGUGAUGCAGGCUUUGGAAAGCUUAACGGAAACUCAGGUCAAUGACUUUCUGUCGGGACGGUCACCUCUGACCCUUGCCCUGCGGGUAGGCGACCACAUGAUGUUUGUUCAGCUGCAGUUGGCGGCGCAGCAGGCUGGCAGCCAGCUCCAGCACCGGCAUGUCAUUGCCAGCCGGGAGAGCAGCAGCAGCGGAGGUACAGCGGCGGUGGCAGCAGCAGCAGCGGCAGCAGCAGCAGCAGCGGCGGCGGCAGCAGUGGCGGCACCAGCGCCCAGCUUUGCCAACACUCAAGGACUUCACAGGCAAGCGGUGGGAGCCUCGAACUGUAACCACAUAGCAGCCUGCCAGCCAGCGAUGGCCAUUCCGGCCCCCACACCCCCUGCCCCCGCCACCACCUGCUUCAGCCCUGCUCGCCCGUCAUCGGUCACCGCUGGAUCCUUCCGCUCACACGGGGCCAACACGUCGACGAGCGGCCACAACAUCGCUGCUUCUUCUUGUACUGAGGGUGACUGCAGUACAAGAAACACUAGUCCCACUGCUUCGGGCAAGUCUCGGAAACCAGGUGCCAUCAUCGAGAGCUUUGUCAACCAUGCCCCUGGGGUUUUCUCAGGAACCUUCUCAGGCACUUUGCACCCAAACUGCCAGGACAGCACUGGAAGGCCCCGCCGUGAUAUCACCACCAUCCUGCAGAUCCUGAACGACCUGCUGAGCGCCACCCGUCACUACCAGGGGAUGCCGCAGUCCCUGGCCCAGCUGCGCUGCCAGACGCAGUGCGCCCCCAGCCCCCCUUCACCUUCGCCUUCUCCACCGUCCCCCGGCUGCGCCAACAAAACUACCUCCGAAGACACAGCCCAGCAACCACUGCAUUCCCUUGUCCAGUGCCAGAGCCAGAUCAGGAUGUGCAAGUCAAAUGGCGAACGACUGCGACAGACGGAGAACCGUGCUACGCGUUGCAAGGUGGAGCGCCUGCAGCUGCUGAUGCAACAGAAGAGGAUGCGCAGGAAGGCUCGGAGAGACGCCAGGGCGCCGUACCAGUGGCUGCCGAACCGCAAGUCCAGCCGGACUAACAGCAACAGCAGCGUGUCGAGCGAUGGCAGCCUAGACUUGGACUUUGAGGACGCUGUGUGGAAGCCUGAAGUCAAAGCUGACAUCAAGUCUGAAUUUGUCGUGGCGUAGACCCACCUUGGCAAGGGGCGUAAAGAGCAGGACGUUUUUUUAUUUCGGCGACCAAAAUGUACUCUGAGCAAACUUCUAGUGGUUGCACGUGGAAUAUACAGAAGAAGGGGAGAGAGAGAGAGAAAGAGUGUGAGAAAAGAGAGAGCUUAAAGUGUGGUCUCCUGAAAUCAGGACUGUACAUCUGAAAAAAAAACAUUUAGUUACCACAAAACACGGACGCUGCCUGCAGUUCAAGUUGGGGGAAAGUAAAGUCACAUGAUUAAGUGGAUCUAACAAACAAUGGUUGGCGUGUCUGCAGUAACAACAAAUGGCUGCCUUACAAAAUGGUCAAUCAUGACGGAGAUUGGAGAAGACUCGGCAUGUCCGGACAUGAGAAUGCCUUUUCUCUUGAUGAUAAAAGCUGCACCGUAAAGCUGCUUGUUGCCAUGGUUGCACUGGUUUUUUCACGCAAAGGUAGCAGGCCCGCCCGCUGCUGUCGCUAAUAAUUUAAAACAAAUGCCUCCCUUGCCUCUCUGAGAAGGAGGGCAGUCAAUACCUUUUAUCAGAAAGGAAAGAAAUGAUAAUAAGAAACAUAAUACUGUAUGUAGCAUUGUUCACCAACACUCUGAAAGCAUUUAGUUACUGAAAUUUUGCACAAUUAUUGACAGCGUGACAACAGGUAGCUUUCGUUCGAGCAGGUUUGUCCAGUGUUGACUGCACACACACCCCACCCCCCCACCCCCGCCCCGCGGUGACGUGUCUGUUGACCCUAUGGAAACGGUUGACUUUGGAGACAAAGGCAGUGGGAGUUGUUUGUUCUGCAGCCUAUUUCCGAUGCCCGGUUUCAGACUGGAAAGGGUUUAAGUUGCUGAUGCGGGUGGAGAGGGUGCCAACAACUUAGCUCACCUUCACCCUGCUGUUCAGGGAUGGGAGGGGCAUGGAAUCUCUACACAGUGAGGCAAAAUAUAAACACCCUCUUUUUGUUUUAUUGGUAGUUUUUUUUCAUACAGAACUGAGCCAGAUCAUUUUAGAGGUAGACUUGUGGUACAGUACUAGCUGAUGUAGACUGUAGAUAAAUUGCAAGAUCCAAUAUCUCUCUAAUUGCUUUCUGCAAACCACAUCUCGGACUUACCAGUAAGUAGAUGGAAGCUUUAUUCUGACUUCAGUACAGUGCAGAACAGGUGAUGGCCAUUGACUUAGUCCUGGGAGCACAGGUAAUUAGUAUACUGCAGAUCUUGGCAUUGGCAGAAAAUUUCCCACUCUGCUUAACCCAAUGCAAGUGUUAUUGCUUUAGCCCAAUGGUACAAGUUUAAAAAAAAAAUUUUUAAGUGUAAUUCCGCUCCAAUCUUUUUUUUGUUAGGUAAUAAAUUUGCAUUUUGUUGUGCAUGUGUGUGUGUGAAAAACAGACCGAAGAGCAUGUAUAAGGGGGUUGGUGGGAUGGGGAGGGGUUGUGUGUUUUUUGAUCAAAACUUGUUGCAUAAGUAAGCCUCUUGCAUAUCCUCUUGAAAAGUCAGUACCUGGAGCGAGGGUCUGUUUUGGCAAACAGCCCCGCGAUGUCAAACUGCAAAGAUUAGUUUCGAGCUCCGCGGUGGGGCCCGGUUUGAAAUGAAGUUUAAAUGUGUGCCGGUUAUUUGGCCCUGGUGAAAAAAAUGCAGUGCGUGAGGUGUGUUCCUACAAUGUCACUGAAACAAUCGGCCCUGCUCCCGUUUAGCAAUGUCUCCAAGACUACAAAUUAAGAUUUGAAGCACCCAAGGUCCUACCGUUGCAAUACUGUGAUGUCUCAACCCAAUCUCUUCCUCACCAGUGUCGGGAACACAAGUGCCUUUUUUGAUCGUAAAGUCUGCUUCUGUGUCCUUGGCCUCAGCUGGGAGAUCUUCCCUCCCCCUGCCCCUGUCCCACACGUGCUCUCACUUAAAGUCUAUGGAAAGGCCAGUGCUGUGUCUCUUUCCCCCCCCCACCUGCCCACCCCACACUUCUGUGUCUUCCUAGAGUCUGUGUGCUUUCUCCGUCUUUGUCAUUUGAAAUGAGACUUGUUUCCGCUUGCUACUGUGCAAAGAGAAAUGUUAUGACACUCUACUCCAUGCUGAAUAGGCCGUGCCUCCAUUAUGUGUGCGACAUGACCCUGCAAGGCCAUUGUAGUGUAUCAAAGGUGUGCCAUCUGGACUCGUAUUGUCCUGUGUCCUUGUGACUUGAGCACAAGUUAUAACGUCCCACUUCUGUUUGUGAUCUUCCUGCUCGUAUUUACUGUAGGUUUUUUAUAUAUAAACACAUAUAUAUAUUUAACUGACUUUGUACUGUGUGCUUUCCAUUGUGCCCCUAUCCUGGUUUUAAACAAAAACGUAAAGAAGCAUUAAUUCACCAGUUUGUUGGUGGAGAUUAAAUGUAUGAACACCUCAUUUAAAUAUUCUGUAUUCUUGUAGCCAAUUUAAAAAAAAAGAUACAAUGUUCUAGCUAGCCUGGUGUAGCACAAAUGUGACUGUAUUAAUUUAUAAACCAAAAUGGUGACUGUGAACUAGGUAUUUAUUUGUGCUUUUGAAAGUCUUUUGAGAAGGGGGGGGGGGGGGGUAAGCGACGUCACAGUUUGAACGUGGCCAGGGUUGAUGCAAUCUCCUCCAUGGAUUCUGCACCCGUUUCCAUUAAUUCUAAGCAAUACAUUUCAUUGUGACUUGGAAUGGGCCUUGCUGUUCACUUGGGUUUGUUGGGGUUGGUUCAAGGUAACCAAAAUAUUAUUGUCACUUGGGAUUUUGCAUUUACCUCUGCCUUAUACACUUGGCAAGACAUGAGGGUUGGCAGAUUGUCAACUGAAGCAUUGGAAUGAAGCAGAAAACAGUAAAUUAUGUAUUGGUAUGUAGAUAAACUUACAUGCAUGUAUCAUUAGGACUUGACAAUGGUUUGUGGGACAUACAGUAAUUGGUUGUUAUGUGGUAAUCUGAACAUGUACAAACUUGUAUUAGGUUUUUGUAUAGCAUUGGAGGGAAAAAAAACAACUCCACAGGUAUAAAUAAUAAUAAAAGACCAAAUGUUGGUGAUAAACAUA